AUGGCAGAGCCCAGAAACAUGUCCAAAACUAGAUCUACUGUAAAUAUUUAUGAUGCAGAUAUCGACUUCCCUCCCGCCAAGAACCUCCAACCCCCUACGAAACUCCCUACGAUGCAGAGUGUCAUAAGCGUGAUACAAUAUCACCUGGAGAUGAGAGUGACUACAACCAUGGCAGUUCGGAAAGUGAUAAACGGCAGUAGCGUAAAGAAGACCUACACAGAGGAGGUGCUGAACUCUGUGUCAGACGUGGCUGCUGAACACUUGGAUGAGGUGAAGAAGCUGAUUGCUCUCAUGCAGCCCCACCUGAAGUCUGUCCUGGCCAGGCAGAGGAGCGACUCUGGGAUUGAUGAGACCUUCCCAAUGGAUUACCCGGUCAGUGACCAGGCUUGUGAUAUUGAUGGCACCCCUGUGCACAACAUUGGAAUGGAGAAACAAUGUGGCAAGGUGGAAUACAGGCUGAAGAAGCUAGGUUUCAAGGCAACAGCCCAGGCAAAACGAGAGGUUGAACUCAAUUGGAGUAAACUCGUGAAGGCGAAAUUGCAGAGUGGGGCAGAACAGAAACAAGAGAUGGCUCAAAGAAAGAAGAGGAAGAGACUUGACUUGCUGGACAUUCUUAAAUCUAGAGGUGGCCCCUUCACUGACAGUGGGGAAGUUGAGAAGUUCCUUGUGGAUGAGAGUCUGAACAACAUUGCACAGCUGCAGAGAAUGAGGCUUGAGGUUCAGUUUGCAAGAGAAAGUACCAAACUUCUGCCUAAAGCUGAUCCCAUCUCCAGAAUCCAGAGCCUCAAGUUCUCACGAAACGGCUGA